CCGCUCCGGCAGCCUCCGAGUCCGCCGAACCCGCGGCGGACCCUCGCGAAACUCCUCCGCCCGCUCCUCAGCCGCAUGGGAGGACAACUCCUACCUCCACCCCAACUCAGGCAGCUACCAGCAGCAGCUGCCGCAGCAUGCGCAACAACAACUCCCCUACGCCCUGCGAUCGGCGUCGUCGCGAUUCUCCCUCAACGAGCAAUUCGCCGCCACGCGACAAGAGUACGAAUUCGGCGACGACGACGCCUCCUCCAUCCUCGAGCGCAUGACGCUCGCCUCCGACGCCGGCGACGAGAGCACAAUUGCCGUGAGCACGGACGGCGAUGCGACACAGGAUAUCGACGGCGCCGAGGCCGGCGACUACUACGACCUGCUGUGCCUGGCCAAGGACCCGACGCUGACGCCGGACCAGAUCCGGAGGGCCUACCACCGGCUGCUGCUGUACCUGCACAGGGACGGCCUGCCCGAGAACCUGCGCGGCGUCGCGCAGCCGUACUUCAACCAGGUGCAGAGGGGGUUCGAGACGCUGAUUGACCCGUACCGGCGGGCGCUGUACGAUGCGAGCCGAUUGCGGGACGCGACGAAUGUGCCCGACUUGCCUCUCGACGAGGACUACCGAUAUGCAUAUGACAUGUCGCUCAAGGAGCAGCUGCGGCAGCGGGCGGCUGACAUGGUGCAGACGUCGUCGGAUCUGGGCAUCCGGUUCGACGCGUCCAAGGCGGUGCGGCAGGGGUCUGCUGUGACGCCCCUCGACUUUACUCUGAGCCACUCUCUGACCGUUGGCCUGCCGGUGCUGGGGCAAUUGAUUGAGAGGACAGCGGCAACGAAGGCGCAGCGCGUCUCGUCUGUGUCGAAACGGGUGCCUUCGAUUGCGCUCAACGAGAGCGACGAAGCUGGUGUUGACCAACCCCGGGAAUCCAUGAUUUACCUACCGCCUCCGCAGGUGACUUUGACUGGAUCUGUGUAUGGCAUCGUGGAGGAGAUAUACCGGGUCCCGUUGCCACUUUUAGCCGAUCGAUACCAACCAUUGCUACCUCCGAGUAUACCCCGAAAACGCAUCAUCCAGCUGGCAGAGCAGCGCCCGUGUCCCCUCAUCAGCCUCAAAUUCCGACAGGACAUCGUCCAUAGGACAGCUGAAGACCGCAUCGCACAGACAUCGAUUGAAGUAAAAACCGAGGCCCUCCCAGAGGCAUCAUUAACAGCCAGGGUCUCACACCCAAUCCACCUACCAAACGACCCGGAUCCAAUACUACUCGAAGGAAGCAUAAAGUCAGGGCGGCCAUGGACGCAAGCAGCACCGCGCCUCGGCCUAGGAAUCCACCGCUGGAUGGGUGCCGGCACCGCGUACGCAAUCGCAGACAGCGGCGACUGGAGCGUCUGGCCCGGCGAGACCAUCAAACUCUUCACCGACUUCUCACAGGUGAGCAAGAGCCAGCUCCUCGCCGAAUUCCCUAUGAAGACUUCCGCAAGCUUCGAGUUGGGCUUCACCACAUCGCCCGAGCGCGUCCCGUCCACAGCGCACGAGGAUUCUCCGCGCGGGGAAUGCGGAAUCCGAGGACUCGACCACGAAUCGACAAUCACCAACGACGCCUCCUGGACCGUCUCCGCCUCUUUGACGGCAGACACCAUCGGCGGCUACCUCCGCUACGGCAAAGACAUGCCAGCACUCCUCUCGGCACCUAGCUCCAACCCCCCAACCAGACUCGAACUCGAACUCUGCACAAACACCCUCCUCGACCGCCACCUCGCCGUCCGCAACCUCUGGCCCGUAGGCCGCUUCUCCAAACUCGGCCUCGAGCUCGGCGUCAGCCUGCACAGCCUGCACCUCUCCCUCUACUGGUCCCGCCUCAGCCAGCGCCUCAGCAUCCCGCUCCUACUCGCUCCGCGCGCAGAGUACACGCCCACCGUCUUCUUCUACGCGGCCGCCGUGCCUUUACUAGCCUUCGCCGCGCGGCACUUUUACUCGUCUUACUCUUCUUCUGCGGGGCGGGCGAAGCGCACUGCUCGCGGGGCGAUUGCCGAAGCAGAUUUACAGGCCUACGUCGCGCGUAAGCGGGCCGCGGCGGAUGACAUCGCCGUCGUGCUCUCGGGGGCCAUGGAGGCGCGGCAGCGCGUGGAGCGGCAGCGGGGCGGGCUCGUCAUUCUUAGCGCGAAAUUUGGCGUCAGGGGCGAGGGUCGGGCCGGGGACGGGGAGGACGAGGGUGAUGGUGAUGGAGACGGUGUCCCAGACUGCUGGGCCGCGGAAGAGGUCGCGGACGUCACCAUCGCAGUAGCAGCGCUGGUGGAGGACGGGGGGCUGCGGAUCCCGGCCGGGGUGAGGAAGGCAUCGUUGCUGGGGUUCUGGGACCCGGCGCCGUUGCGGCGGAAAGCGCUUCACGUGAGGUACCUGUGGCGCGGGAGGGAGAGUACGGUUGAAGUCGUGGGACGGGAUGAGCUGGUUCUCCCGCCUGCGAAGAGGGAUUUGUCGUGAUGUACAUGUGUCAUUUUGUACCUUUAUGGAUGUAUGAUGGGAUGUGCGAGAUGAUCGAUGUAGCAUUAGUGGAGUCGGGAAAUGGGGGGAAACCAAGUGGGAUGAUUUUGCAUGGGAUGGUGUUGUUGGGAAGAUUCCUACACUUUCUUGGCCAGUUAUCUAGGAAAUGAACAAUUACUAUUUGAUUGAGGGAUCAAAA